AGCCUAAAAUGUCGACCGGUGGCACCAUACACAAUUAUUAUGUUGAUUCUUUGAUAGGACAGGAGACAGACGACUUGUACGCGGCGAGAUAUGCGCAAGGAGCCCACAGCACAGCUUCAAGGCCAUCAGGUGUAACAGACAGUUCAGAUUUCUCUUCCUGCAGUUUUACCCCCAAAUCAACCGUGUUUUCCAAUCCCUGGUCUCCCGUUCAUCCACAAUCCUCUGGCGCCGUUGCAGGGAUCUAUCAUCCUUAUAUGCAUCAGUCGCACCUUGGAGCUGCAGAUUCCAGAUACCCGCGCUCAUGGUUAGAACCCCUCUCCACUUCAGUCUCUUUCCCCGGAUUCCAUCCCAACGGCCGGCAUUACGGAAUCAAGCCAGAAACUCUGGCGGUCAAGAGGACUGAGUGCUCUUCCUAUGAGCUGCAAACCCUCAGCCUGCCCGAAUUCACGUGCAGCUCCUACCCAGAGAGCAGGGAGAAGCUUCCCAAGGAGCUUGGCUGCACCAGCUCCGAGACUACGAACAGCAGUGAGCACAAGGAGGAGAAACCCCGGCAACUUGACCCAAAUCACCCAGCAAUAAAUUGGAUCCACGCUCGCUCUACCAGGAAGAAACGUUGCCCUUACACCAAGUACCAGACGCUUGAAUUGGAAAAGGAGUUUUUAUUUAAUAUGUAUCUUACCAGAGACCGCCGUUAUGAAGUUGCUAGAAUUUUAAAUCUUACCGAGCGGCAAGUAAAAAUUUGGUUUCAAAACAGAAGAAUGAAAAUGAAAAAGAUGAACAAAGUGAAAAACAACGAAGAACCGUGAUUGACCAUCCGUUUCCUAACGAUAGAUCUGAAAACCGUACAGACUUUGUAAAAAGUGUCUUGUCCAUCUGGUGGUGCCUGGUCUAUUCGAAGCACGGUCUAUGUUCCCAGUGUUGUACUGUUUCAGAACAAUCCUGUGUUUAAACAACUGCCUUUUAUCUAGUGACUGUCCCUGAUUUGCUGCUAUGGGUUACAUUAAACAAAAUUUAAACUGAUGUCAGCACGUUAGUUGUAUUACGUUAGAACUUCGACGACAUUAUUAAGAUAUACUUGUUUUAUAUAGACAUAAACACGCACAUUUGAACAGUUUAUGUGCAACGUGUAAAAUUCCGUGUUUCUGCUGUAUUGCUAGAAUAAUGUUUAGAUAUAAAUUUAGAGGGAAACAAUACAAUGCCAUUUUAUGCAGUUUUAAUGCCAGUUCUCUGUGGAAUGUAAUGCAAACGUUGUACAUCAUUGUUAAUUUCCGAUGGAAUGAGACUAUCACUGUGCUGAUAAAGGCAAUGUAAUAUUUAUUUAUAAUGUUUCAGGUUAACUUCGCGAAGCAUCACGGUCACUCUGGAAAGACAUCUAGUCCUCGAAUAACUUAAAAGUGUCAUUGAACAAUAGGCAUUUGACUAAAGAACACAAAUAAAUAGAACUUGUUUAAAUUUUGUUACUUUUCCUGUGACUGUGGGAACCUUUUUUUUACUGCGUUUGGGACAAUCUGAAGCAAGUUUAGUUUAGCGACGUGAAUAAGAACCGCUUUAAUGCGGAGCCAAUGGCGUUGAUGUGAAUACUCUUAUAAAGAGCCAGUGACUUGGGUCAUUACAUAAGUCAAAUCCAUUGUAUUUAAUAAGAAAAUAUAAUUUCACCGUAGUUUCUGAUUUACUCCCGAUCCUUUACGUUAUUUAAUAGCUACCACAGAUGAGACAAUAAAAAUUAUACUGUGCUACAAAAGUCAAAAUGCUAUAAAUAAAAGAGGAAUGUUCCACUUAUGUACGCUGUUUUGUACCUCACUUUUGGUCAA